AUUUUAUGGUUUCUCCCAAGGGUUUCCCUGAUUUUAGAUCGCCAAAACAAUAGGAAGUGAGACUGUAGACAUCCGGUUGAUGUUGUUGAUAGUCUUCUUUUACUGUCUAAACACCUAGAAGAAAGUACCAGAGUUUCCGAGUCUCCAUCUUUUAGAGACCAUGGAUCAAGUCACUGAAGCAGCUGAAGUUACAGAGUUGACAGAUAGAAUAGAGGAUGUUGAUGCAGCUGAAAAGGACCAUGAGGCUGAUGUGAAGAGGAAAGCAAAACCAGAUGAGGAGGAAGAUGUUGAUUACACAGCUGUAGGAGACCAUGAGGAUGAUGUGGACAAAAAAACUAAACCAAAUGUAGAGGAUGGCGUAGUUGAAGCUGAUCUGACAAAGACAGAUGAGGUUGUUGAUGAUGAAUGGAUUGACAUCAUCGGCAGUGGUGAUCUAAAGAAGAAGAUUGUGAAAGAAGGUCAAGGCAUCGAUACCAGGCCAGAGAGGGGGCAGCUGGUGACUUUGCGAACUGAAGGUCACUUGGAUGAUGGGAAAUCUGUUGAUACAAAUGAAAAUGUUACAUUUUCACUUGGUGAUGGAGAUAUGCUACAAGCAUGGGAAUUGUGUCUCCCCCUUAUGGAACAAGGAGAGGUGUGUACCUUGACAACAAGUCCAAGAUUUGCAUAUGGAGAAAUAGGAAGAAAACCAGAUGUUCCACCAAAUGCCAAUAUCACAUAUGAAUUAGAAUUAUUAACUGUCAAGGAUGGACACAAUUUUGAAACAAUGCCAUUGGACAUGCGUUGUAAAAUGGCAGAUGAUAAACGAGAAAGAGGUAAUGAACUGUUUACUAGGAAUGAUUAUUCUGGUGCAAUUAACUCCUACACUCGUGCUAUUGAAAUUCUGAAUGCUAAUGAGUCAGCAGAUAAAGAAGGAUUUAAAAAGCUGCAGCAAUCAAAAGUAAAAUGCUACAACAACUUAGCAGCAGCUCAAAUCAAGGUUCAAGCAUAUAGUGCAGCUAGGAAGUCAUGUGACUGGGUGCUGAGCAAUGAAAAAGACAAUGCAAAGGCAUUGUUUCGUAAGGGAAAGGUUCUUGCAUCGCAAGGAGAAUUAACAGAAGCACUGGAAAUAACAAAGAAAGCAUUGAAACUGGAACCAUCAAAUAAGGUAAUACAUCAAGAGCUAUCAAGAUUAUUAGCAAAGCAGUCUGAAGAAAAGGAAAAAGAAAAGGAUUUGUACAAGAAAAUGGUUGGAGACAUGGCCAACAUGGCAGAGUCUACACCAGCUAGGACCAAGAUGAAAAACAAAUAUGGAAUGUUUGCACUCUUUGCUGGUUUACUAGCAGUAGUUGCUGCUGUUCUGUUGCAAUCAUCUAAAUAGCCCCCUCUAAUUCAUACUGUAUUGAUGAUGUGGAGGAAACAUAUGCAAACCUGAGUUGAAAGAAAUGUAGAGUAAAACAAAUGUAUUUUGUCACUACCUUUGUCUAAUUGGUGCAAUAACAGUGUGCUUUUAAUUAAUUUGUGUUUAUCAAUCAUUUCAUAAAUCUAGUGUUAAAUUUUCAUGAAACAUACGGUAUGUGAAAACUUUGAUAUUGGGUAAUACUGUAUAUUAAGACAUCCUUGCAAAAAAGCAUAAAAAAGGGUAUAAAUUGAGUACUGGUAUUUGUUUUAUUAUUUCUAUAUUCAAGGUUCUACAUUUUCUGCCAGGGCUACAUGCCUCCAAACAUUCCAGACAAAAUUCAAUGUUAAUGAUGUGUUUAUAAGAUGUUCUUGUAGCAAGUUCAAUCAACCCCUUUUUUCCAUGUGGCCCCUACAUGCACCACCCCAUUCCUAACUAUUUCUGGACAUGAAAAUUAAGCAUUAAGGUUUUAAGCAAAAUCUCUGAAUAUUAUUAUCUUGAAGAAGUAUAGUCAGUAUUUGUGUUUUGAUUAUGUGAAGCACUGAAUUCUGCACUAAAAACAAAGUGAUAAUAAAUUAUCUAUAGAAAUAUAA